ACUCAACACGUUGCAACAAACUUGUAACCGACCGUGUAUCUCCGUACCCGUUCACCAUGACACCUCCGGUGCUCUUGUCACGUGGUAUCGAUCCGCUGCUGGGCAUCUUUACUGGCUGCCUGGCGUACUAUCUCUACGAGACCAAUCCUCGAACGUCACUUCCAGCAGACCAGCGCCUGACCACCCUUGUUCAGUGGAAGUGGACGAAGUGGCAGCGGGAGAGAAAUAAUAAGCUAGCUGCUCUUGAAAGAGAAGCCGAAGCCACUUUCUCGCAAGGCAAGGGCAGCUAAACUUGCUGCAUCGCAUCAGUUUGCACUUGAUUUCGAAAAGGGAUAGCAUUAUAUGGGUUAUCAGUUGUACUUCACCAGUAUAUACGAUGCAUUCAAACUGGAACCGAGUACUAUAUUGCACUU